AUGGACUCACACUCAAAAUGGAAGGCAACAACUUUGCUGACUUGGCUUCUAACUACAGAAAUAGCCCACUGUCUGCCCCGUGUGAGAAAUGAGAUAGAAGCUUCUCUUACCGAACCUGCGAAAGCCUUUGAGACUCAAUACCCACCUUCAAACCUUGAAAAUAGGGUCAUCAAUCCCGUGUUCCACCCAGUGUAUCCGAUAGCUUUGGAACAGGACGGCCAUUCAACAGAGCAACCUUUUCCCCGGUUUGAUAUCGUCCAAUUCGUUGACGGCUUGGAAGAUUUGUUAGGUUCAGAAGGUGAUACUACAGAACUAGCGUCAACUUCGAGCUCGACCUCGACCUCGACCUCGACUUUGACUUCGACUUUGACUUCGACUUUGACUUCGACUUUGACUUCGACUUUGACUUCGACUGUGACUGCAACUGUGGCUGCAACUGUGGUUGUAACAAAACAGUCUACUAACACAGGAAAAUCGAAUCCUAUCCAAACGGCAACUUUGGUAAAGCAUCCUGAAAAUUCAGCGCCAGCUCCUACGCCUGAAUUUUUGACAGACUUCCCUCACGCCAGACCAAAUACUACUAUCCCGCUAGAGCCCUUUCAAACAUUCCCUCCACCUCCGUUUGGAUCAGGUUAUCCUAUUCCCAUGCACGGCCAAGAUAUCUUCCAGCCAGUUGCGACUGGUCCUGUCCCUGCUAACAUCAAGUCUCGAGAUGAUCACCCUGUGCAAAACUAUCAUGCCAAGACUACUGACCCUAUUGCGACGAAUGGGUUCUAUGCUGGUCUUUUCCUGGGAUCUCAGACCAAUGCUACCUUCGCUCAACCCUACUCUCUGGCAUGGUCCAAGGGAUGCGGCCCCCUGAAGAGCUGGGGUAUGGCUGUCUCCCAUGUCCAGCCUCACAUGAUCGCAUACGGACCCGAGAACAACAAUAUCCCCGGAAAGCCAGUGCAGUACUACAUCAACCCAGUCGGGCUUCAGCAUAUUAUUUUCUCUGCAACUGAGCUUGACCAGUCUUCCGUCAUGACUGUCGAAGAGCCAAAGGCAUUCUCGGCCCACGCUGUGAUCAAGCGCUCCGGAGGCUCGCCUCAGCAGAUUACCUUCCCCAUUGUGCAAGGCAUGGGCUACACAACAGCUUUGUACAAUGACCUGGAGCCCGUGAUUGAAAGUGGUGUUUUCUUCCGCAAGGUCGUCAGCGCCGGUUCUCCCAGGCCCGGUAUCUUCAAGUACCAGGUUUACCUUGAGGAUGAAGUGGCCUGGCUUCUCUAUGUCACUCCGGCUGAUGGCAAGGAUCCGAACUUUAAGCUAGUCUCAAAUGCCUCUCUUCGCGGCCCAGCGCAUUUCUCUGGUACUAUCCAAGUCGCGAAGAACCCGGCAGGCACUUCUGGCGAGAAGUUCUAUGAUAACUCAGCUGGUGUCUACCCAGUGUCAGGAGAGGUCUCCGGCUCUGUUGCAGGUGACGUGGGCUUCUACUCGCUCUCUUGGACCAAGGCCGGACUUGAUGUGAAAGGUACUCCACUGCUCAUGUUCGCUCUACCACAUCACGUCAACUCCUUCGACCGUGCCACCCAGGGGCGUAUCACCGAUAUUUCCCUCCGCACCACAACAAAGGGCAAAUCCGUUGCCGUGAUUGGAGAAUGCUGGACUAUGUUCGAACACAACCUCCCUAUAGAUAUGGGACUUGCCCCAUGGUCAACCACCCAUGGCAGCGCUCACGAACUCUCAGGCGCAGCCCGUCAUGCCAUUCUCGAGGCUGCGCCCCACGAGCUCCAGCAGAACAUCUCAGACCAGACUGCUCUCAGCAGCAUGUACUACAGCGGGAAGGGGUUAAGCAAGUUCGCAACCCUAGUAUACACGGUCAACCAGCUCGGCAACAACGUCGAUCUAGCAACAGAUGCCUUCCAACAGCUCAAGAAGGCCUUUGAUCUAUUCGUGCAGAAUAAUCAGGAACACCCGCUUGCUUACGAUUCUGUCUGGAAGGGCGUUGUCUCGACUGCCGGUUACAACGGGGAUCUGAACCAGGAUUUCGGAAAUACCGCGUACAACGACCACCACUUCCACUAUGGCUACUUCGUGCAAGCAGCUGCCAUCAUUGGCUCUCUUGAUCCCAGCUGGUUGGCCGCGAACAAAGAGUGGGUCAACAUGCUUGUUCGUGACGCUGGUAACUCCGUUGAUGAUCCCUACUUCCCAUUCUCGCGCUCGUUUGAUUGGUAUAACGGACACUCCUGGGCGAAGGGUUUGUUCGAGUCUUUCGAUGGCAAGGAUCAGGAAUCUACCUCAGAAGAUACCAUGUUCGCUUAUGCGAUCAAGGUGUGGGGGAAGACAAUCGGUGAUGCUAGCAUGGAAGCUCGUGGCAAUUUGAUGCUGGGCAUCCUGGGCCGAUCUCUUAAUAACUACUUCUUGAUGGAAGAUGGCAAUCCCAACCAGCCGGAAAACUUUAUUGCGAACAGGGUCACUGGAAUUCUCUUCGAGAACAAGGUCGACCACACUACUUACUUCGGUCCCAACCUGGAAUUCAUCCAAGGUAUCCACAUGCUACCGCUGAUGCCCCACACUCCCUACACACGACGAAAGGAGUUCGUGCGCCAGGAAUGGGAGGCAAUGUUCGCUGAAACUGCCUCAACCCCGGCCUCCAAGGUCGAUGGCGGAUGGAAGGGCGUGCUAUACGCCAACCUAGCCCUCAUCGAUCCCAAAUCGUCGUGGGAAUUCUUUGCCCAGCCGAAUUUCAACUACAGCUGGAUCGAUGGCGGUGCUACGCGUACUUGGUACCUGGCAUUUGCUGCUGGUCUUGGUGGUGCUCCUUGA